AAUGACUCUCUGGUCAUUUAAAACUGAAAUCUCUCUCUAUCUCUCUCUCAUCUCAUUUUCCCAUUUCAAAGAAUCUCCGGUCAAUAAUAAUAACAAGGAGGAUCUCCCAGGGAGAUUUUGUUGAGUGAUGGCAUCGAAACGGAUCUUGAAAGAACUCAAGGAUCUCCAGAAAGACCCUCCUACUUCUUGCAGCGCAGGCCCCGUUGCUGAAGACAUGUUCCAUUGGCAAGCUACGAUAAUGGGUCCUCCUGAUAGUCCGUAUGCAGGAGGAGUCUUUCUAGUCACAAUUCAUUUUCCUCCAGACUAUCCAUUUAAACCUCCCAAGGUUGCAUUCAGGACAAAGGUCUUUCAUCCGAAUAUCAACAGCAACGGUAGCAUUUGCCUUGAUAUCUUGAAAGAGCAGUGGAGCCCUGCCCUUACCAUAUCCAAGGUGUUGCUUUCGAUUUGUUCUUUAUUGACGGAUCCAAAUCCCGAUGACCCUCUGGUGCCUGAGAUUGCCCACAUGUACAAGACUGACAGGAGCAAAUACGAGACAACUGCAAGGAGCUGGACCCAGAAGUAUGCAAUGGGUUAAUGUGCUGCCAUGUGUGAUAGGGAGGGCUUCUUUCCCAUUGCCUUUGGUCUUUAAAUUAUCAUGUAUAAUGAAGAAGUGUGAUCUGUGCCUCUUGUGAGCGGACCAAAAGGGAGAGGAUUGAUUACUGCCCAUCCUGAUAUACAUUUGCUGCUUUAAUUGUUUGUAUGAGAAAUUGUCUUUAGAACUUUGAAGAAAAUGUCUUGAAUAUCC